CAAACUUUUCUUAAAUCUGCUAAAUUCAUUUAAAAAAUUAUAAUUCGACAAUAUACAUAUUCAUUUAUAUAACAUAGAAUGACACAUUAAAUUCAAUUUAAUAAAAUUGAUUCAUAAUAAGAACAUUUUUUGGCGAUUAUAUCAAAGAACUGAAUUAUUAGAGUAUAAAAAAUUAGAAAUUCAUAUAAUAGCAAUGAUAGAAAAUUUAGAUUCAAAACAAAUAAAAUCAAAAAGGAAACCGUCGUGUAAUAGCUCCUCAGAGUCACAUAUAGAAAAUAAAAAUGCAGGAAGGGAAAUAGCUGAGAAGAAAGCAGCGAAAACAGCUUCACAGAGAAAAAAAGAAAAAGAAAUAGAAAAUGUACAGAAAAUGUUCGUUUCUAACCUCGAUCCGUUUGAAAAGAUUUUACAUUGGUGGGAAACGGAAUAUGUAAAAUACGCGAUAAAUUAUCCACCAGUAAAAUCGGCUCUACAGGAAAUAAUGGAUUCUUACAUUGUACGACUUACAGAUCGUAAGUACAUGCAAUUACUGACUUCCAAUACUAUCAAAUAUCACGGAAAGCAACAAAAAAUGCGUAUCGACGAAAGGAAGCUGAAACCACCGUCGAUUAUAUCUCGAUUGAUGGAAACGUCUUAUAAAGCGCUUACUGAAACUAUGAGACAAAAAAAUUGUAACAAACUUAAGUUUUAUUUGUAAACAAUAAAAUGCAAUUUAAAGAAUUGUU